AUGAAGGGCGCCGAGGGGGACGCGGGCGAGCAGGCCCCGCUGAACCCGGAGGCUGAGAGCCCCGCGGGCUCGGCCACGUACCGGGAGUUCGUGCACCGCGGCUACCUGGACCUCAUGGGGGCCAGCCAGCACUCGCUGCGGGCGCUCAGCUGGCGCCGCCUCUACCUCAGCCGAGCCAAGCUCAAAGCCUCCAGCCGCACGUCCGCCUUGCUCUCUGGCUUCGCCAUGGUGGCCAUGGUGGAGGUACAGCUGGAGAGCAACCAUGAAUACCCACCAGGCCUGCUGGUGGCCUUUAGUGCCUGUACCACUGUGCUGGUGGCUGUGCACCUCUUUGCACUCAUGGUCUCCACGUGUCUGCUGCCCCACAUUGAAGCUGUGAGCAACAUUCACAACCUCAACUCUGUCCACCAGUCUCCACACCAGCGGCUCCACCGCUACGUGGAGCUGGCCUGGGGCUUUUCCACUGCCUUGGGCACCUUCCUCUUCCUUGCUGAAGUUGUCUUGGUUGGUUGGGUCAAGUUUGUGCCCAUAGGGGCUCCCUUGGAUACACCGGCCCCUGUGGUACCUGCAACCCAGGUGCCUGGGACUCUGACUUCAGUGGCCACCUCCCUUAGUCCAGCUUCCAACCUCCCCCCACCUUCUGCUUCUGUAGCCCCAUCACACGCUGAGCCAUCAUCUGAGGCCUGCCCACCUCGGCAAGCAUGUGGUGGUAGUGGGACCCAUGGGCCAGGCUGGCAAGCAGCCAUGGCCUCCACAGCAAUCAUGGUACCUGUGGGGCUCGUGUUCGUGGCCUUUGCCCUGCAUUUCUACCGCUCUUUGGUGGCACACAAGACAGACCGCUACAAGCAAGAGCUGGAGGAGCUGAGUCGCCUGCAGGGGGAGCUGCAGGCUGUGUGAGGCUGGUGUCAGCCAUUGCUGCAGCACUGCCUGCCCCUCUUGUAGGGGUCUACCAGAGGCCCCAGGGGCCUGCAGACCUCAUUCCCUACCCCUGGCUGGAGCCACUUCCUGUGGGCCACUCUCAGGUAGACACCAGAUUCCUGCCCGCAGGGUCCUUUGGGCCAGGCCUUGGGGCAGCUCCCAUAUCCCCAGGGGUUUUUCCAUGUCCGUCCAUCCAAUGGGUUUUGUAAGUUCUACCCUGCACCUAGGCUGGGAGGAACAAGGGAGGAAGUGGAAGGUCCUCAGUCCAAGUACCAUGCGGUAGAUAGAGGGGAGGCAGGGAGACCCUGGUGGACCUGUGAUGCUGACCUUCAGUCCCUUGCUCCUGCACAAGAUGUGGAGGUCAGAAGGUUACAGGCCCACACAGCUGCCCCAAGAAGGCAGUCAACCCUUGCUUUAUUUUUGUAGAAUCUAUUUUAGAGUUGGCAUUUUGGGGAAUGAUUUCCCUGUCCCCAUACUUUGAGGGGUUCCACAUUCUUGCUUUAGUUGCUUUAGAGGGAUUUCUGCCCCAGGCAUAGGUCCAGCCUUUCCUAGAAGGAUCCUCCCUGUUUUUGGAGGUCCAAGUCAACCCCCCACUGUUGGUGACCUAUGGCCACACGCAGAAGGGGUGAUACCUGGUCCACUGCCCUAGGCCUUCAUUUAUGCAUCUAUACCCGGUUCUCACUCUCCUGGGCCAGGGCUGGAGGUUUUGGGAGACUGAGGGCCUCUGCCCCAGCCUGACUCCUUACCAAGGGUUGGGUGAGGAAGUUUUAAGGGAGAAGGUCCAUUAGCCUUCUAGUCAUUAGCCUGUGGAAUGCAGAGCUCUUCCGACACUGAAUUUUUGAUGCACCGUUUUGUACAAUAAACUGUGUUUCAC